UGUUUUAACAGCUAAGCAAUCUAAGCAAUACAGUUCCUCUCGAAUCACCACAAACUAUACCGUGUAUUGCGUCUAUGUUGUUUUACUAUACAUGUUCACAUUGUUAUGGUUCAGUAUCUGAAUCACAAAAUCUGAGGUACAAAUAUUUUAUUUCAUAUGGCUUGGGGGUAGAUAUUGUUUUUGUUGUAGUUGGUUGUCUUUUAUUGUAUCAUAAAAAUAAAUUCAGUGAUUUUGUCACUAUCUAAAAAAUAUUUUAGAUUUGUUUAAGAAGCAGUUCCUUCUCUCUUGCCAUGUUCUAACUUUCAUAACUCAGCAUGCUUAUUUCAAAUUCUGUCGUUGCAUUUCCACAAAUGACUUGUGUGUUGUGAAAUGACACGUGAAUUUCCCUUGAGAGUACUAUGCUAAUGCUGGUGAACAUACCAACAUAUGGCUGACAUUUUGAUUGGUGCAUUGGCUGAGGGGAGUGUCUGAUACAUUUCCUCAAAAUACCCACAAUGUCCUUUGAGCCAUGGAGCACAGGAAAAGCACACAGUUGUGUCAGAUCUCAACCUGCGCAUUCGAAAGUGCUUGGAAACCCCCUUCAACCCCCAACUGAAAUCUGUUUUUGAGACUAUCGUUAGGAAUGGUGGGAAAUCCACAAGAGGAACUCCAAAAGAGAUAACAGCAAAUGUUUCUUGUAUUAUACUGACAAGCAGCACAACUAGGCCAAAGAGGCAAACAUGCUCACACAAGAUUUCUUACAACUUCAACCAGGAAUUGAUCUGCAGUUUCUACCACCAUUACUCAAAAUUUGGUCCCAGUACAACUUAUCAGGAUGAACCUCUCGGUGGCCCAUAAUGUGGACAACAACACUCUGCAGGAUCUGGGCAGUCCGCUCACCACUGUGGUUCUCCCAGUGAUCUACCUGCUCGUGAUCCUGGUCAGCACCCCAUGUAAUUUAGUCUGCUUCAUCCUCCUCUGCUUUUACACCAAGCGGAAAACCUCCACCAUCAUCUUUGCCAUCAAUCUCUCGAUGGCCGACCUCCUGUACAGCAUAUCUCUGCCACUCCAGGUGUUCUACCAUUUCUCGGGCAAUGACUGGAACUUUGGUGCAGAGGCGUGCGGCUUCACCACAGUGGCGUUCCACUGCAGCAUGCAAUGCUCUGUCCUCAUCACCUGCGCUAUCGCUGUGGAGCGCUACCUGGGCGUGGUACACCCUAUAAAGAGCAAGCACUGGUGCACGCCGUUGCGCGCCGGCCUGGUGUGCCUGCUGAUCUGGGGCCUUGUGCUGGUCGUGCAGACGCCCAUGAUGCGCCACGACCUGACACUCCGUGUGGAGCAGCUCAACCUGACCACCUGCUUCGAUGUGAUCCCACGCGGAACCUUCGGCACCAAACCACUCACGUACACAUAUUUCGGCGCGGUCUUCCUUCUCUUCUAUGCCUUGCCGCUGGUCAUCCUCGUGGCAUGCUACGUGGCUGUGACGCGAGGGCUUCACAACUCACCGCAAACGGACGUCGAGGACUACUCGCGUCGUUACGCGUGGGUCAUGUGCUCCAUAGCUGCAGUGAGCUUUGUCCUGUUUUACCUGCCCAACAUACUUCUCCAGAUCCUGCACUUGUUAUUCCGUUCGCAAGAGCACAGUCUCUAUCCCUACUACAAGCUCACUCAUGGCAUCAACAGCCUCAACUGCUGCGUGGACCCCUUUGUUUACUUCCUCGCUUCGCGCGAGUUCCGCAACACCUUCCGGAAGGCUCUGCGUCCAUGCCAGUGCUGUGGCCAGUGCGACUCGGACGAACUGUCCACUCCCUCAGAUGUCUUCAGCUACGCCAAGGCCUCACUGUACAACAGCAACAAGCAGUGAUUCCUUACUCUCACACCCAGGGCCAGAACACUCAAAUAAAUAACAAAGAAAUAACAACAGCAAAAAAAUGUCUCUGUUUAACUGGGGAGCUGGGAAAAGAACCCUGAUAAAUCUGGACUUACCUGUAAAUGAACAAGUACUCAAAUAGAAUAGAUCUGGACUUACCUGAUGAUGAGCUCUGUUUGAAAAAAAGGAAUGGGAUCCCCAAGGAAUGGGAAAGAACUUGGAUAGGUCAGGAAUUACCUGUUGAUGAGCAGACACCUGAUACAAUUAAGUUGCGAUAACAUUGUUGUUUUAACUGUUUUUUAAAUGUUUUUUUGCCAAAGCAGUGUAAAAUUGUCAGUCUGGGGGAUUCUGUGUGGUGUGUGUGUGUGUGUGUGUGUGUGUGUGUGUGUGUGUGUGUGUGCAUGUGUGUGUGUGUGUGUGUGUGUGCAUGUGUGUGUGUGUGUGUAUGUGUGUGUGUGUGUGUGUGUGCAUGUGUGUGUGUGUGUGUAUGUGAUAGGGAAGGGCGUUAAGCAGCAGGGUGGUUAGAGGUGUCAAAUUGUGCAUGAGCAGUCCAGAGAGGUCAGUUCUUACAUUAUGAAGGUUUGUUUUGUAUUCAUGUUGCUAAACUACUGCUCUAAUCUCUCUUUACACUCUUAAAACAAAUGUGUUAAAAACAACACAACUUGCAUCCAGAUAGGGAACACAUUCGUUUUAAGAGUGUAUAUUUGAGUAUCAUUACCACUGCUUAAAAGUAUAGUUUGGCAUUUGGAACUAUUUGUCACGCUGAAUAAAGUGUCAAUGUAAAGCAA